AUGGUCCGUGAUAAGAUUAAGAAAGCACAAGAUCGCCAAAAGAGCUAUGCGGAUCACAGGAGAAGACCAUUGGAAUUUGAUGAAAGUGACCAUGUAUUUUUGAAGAAGUUCAUUCCAGAUUCUCUUCAGCCUAUUCUUCCAAAUUCAAUAGAAGUAGAAGCAGAUCUAAUUUUCGAACCUAUACCAAGUCGCAUUGCAGGACGAGAAGUUAAGGUAUUAAGGAAUAAGGAGAUUCCUCUUGUUAAGGUUCAAUGGGAUGAAUCACACCCAGGCGACACCACCUGGGAACUAGGCUCAAAAAUGCGAGAAGCUUACCCUCAUCUCUUCUAG